AUGUUUAGCUUUUCCGGCCGUGGGGACAUGCAGGAGCAGGCCUGGAAGUCUUGCUGGAAGCUGUGCCAAAAUCUUUACAACACUCGAGAUGAUCACCUGACCGGAUCAUACUCCCACAACUCAUCAAGACCAACGCUGGACCUCUGUCGAGAGUUCUGUGCCGCUCUCUUUGAAGUAAGAGUUCGCGACAAUGAAGCCGCUGACUCGGUGUUGAGAGUCAGUUUUGAGUUGAACAAUCAUCUCUUCAAUACCCACGACAGGAGUCUCCCCGAGGCUUUUCGUGAGAGGACUCUCGACUUUUACAUCACACUGUGCCAUCGACUGAUGAAACAAAAGGCCAAAUCCGCAGAAGAAACUGACUCCUUACUCAAAGCUUGCUGGUCUCUCGCCGAAAUGCUGUUCAGUUUGCGCCAAAAUCGGCGAGAAGGAAAGAAGGCUGAUGAAGAGCUCCUUGGCUCCGCAAUUCAAGCGUGUUGGGAGCUUUGCGACCUCUUCAGAGAAGGAUGGACUCAGAUCCGUCCAGAAAGAGGGACACCUAGACCAAGUCAAACGUCUUUCACACAGGCCUUCAAUCAAGCAAAAAGAUCCGGAUUUGUCCCCCUAGACGAAAAUGGCAAUCCACGAAUGCUUCCAGAAACACCAACGACCAUCUUCGAAGACACCAUCACCACAAUCUCACCCGACGAAGCACCAAUCCCCAACAUCCUCAUCCUUGGCGCUGAAGAAGCCUCCCGCAUCUCCAGUUCGUCCAACACCUCGGCAGCAUCGGCAGCUAUGCCGACACAAAGGACCAAUCUAACACCUUCGGCCAUGCGAAUCAACAACCCCUUCUCCCCUCAUCCUGUCCCUCCAGCACCUACCUCCGCUAACCCAGGACACCGGUGGGCAUCUUCUGCAUCCGUCAUGUCCGGGCCACCAUCAGCCAUCUCAGAGGGUGGGCCCAACCCGAUGUCCGCAACAACCGUCUCCACGGUGCGUACACCCUCCGACGACCCCACGUUGAUCCUGCUAAAAACCCUGUUCGUGAAAGCUGCCAUCAUGACGAACAGGGGCUACACGCGGGCCUCGUCCGACUCCAACCUGAACUCCUUGCCCAACUUCGUCAAGAACCUACCAGACAAUGCCUUUGGCACCCAGAGCUGGCAGAUCGCGGUGCUGGAGAACUACCGCAAAGCUGUUGCCAACGAUUCCGGUUUCCGUAACCUCGGCGUUGCAGGCACAAUCGGCGAACGUGGAAGAAUAAACGCUGUCGAGGUCGCCCGUGCCGUCAGGGGCAUGACCAAUUGUGUGUACGGAUUUGGAUGGUUGAGGGACCUCUACCGCUUCGUCUUCGGAUACUAUGUCGAGGAGGCACUCAAGGCAGGCGAUGGCAGCCAUACUUCGAGGCGCGGUGGAAGACCUCCAGGACCCGCGGCAAGUCUUGCUGCCGCUGUCAUGGGAAAUGUGAGCGCGACCACGACGACACCAGGAGGCUCUGUGAGUAACGGCGCUCCUGGUGGAAAUGGAGCUGGCGGGAAAGCAAGACGCACGGUGAGUCAGUAA